CUGAUGCUUUUCUGUCAGCCUGAGCAUUCCUCCUCCUCUUCUCCUUGCAGAGGCCACCAAUUUGGCGAUAUGAAAAACGUUCGCAUCACUUCUCUUCCCUCUGAUCGCUCACUCGCAUCCAAAGACUGUCGCCUUUGCACCAAGCGGCGCAUCCGAUGCGACCGCACUCUCCCUCACUGUCACAAAUGCACCUCCCGCAGUCUCUCCUGUCCCGGCUUCGACGCCUUUCAGCUGAAAUGGACCCAGACGAUUACCCAUAAGCCUAGUUCUUCCAUCAAAGACACCAGCACAACAGCGGAAAGGUUAUCAGAUGAGCUGGCGGUCGCAAUCCGCCCCGAGGCCGAUGCGAAGUCAUCGCAAGAUGCUCUCUGGCGCGCCCCGUCUCCAACCGGUGAUCAUAUUCUCGUACAACACCACUCGUCGACGGACUUCUGUGACAAACUGCUCCACUACUUUCACGUUAUCGUGGUUCCUCGUUUGACUUGGCUGGAUAGUGUGGAUAACCCGUGGAGAAAGGCCAUUCUUCCACUUACCUGUCGCUCCGCCUCUCUCCGACUGUCGCUCCUUAGCCUUGCAGCCGCUCACCUGUCAGUUACAUCCGCCCCUGGCAGCGCACAGGCACUUGUGGCACAGAGAGCCUACCCUAUUCUAAGAAACCGCACUCUCCAGGCUCUGAAUCAAGCCAUCACCCGCGAAGUCAGUCACCAUCCUCGGAAGGAUACCGUGGCCGGAGGCGGCGGGUGUUCCGCCCUCACAAUCAUCCUUGCCACGGCAGUCGCCCUCUGCUACGAAGAGAUGUUAAUCCCAGAGUCCACAAAUUGGAAUGUGCACCUGCAAGCGUGCCGUGCGAUGAUAGAAUGGAACCAGUCGCGAAACAGUGGCCGGCAGUCCAACGAUGCUUUGUCGAGAUUCGUUGUCAAAGAGGUGGAAGAUUUCGAGAUCUUCAAGAAUCUCGUGUCUUUCUCGACGCAGCAACCCAGAACCAAAUGCCCCCUGCAGUCAAGGCCCGAAGACCGUCUCUGGGCCUUUACGAUUCUGAUUAGUGAAAUCACCGCAGUGGAGCGUUCCAACUAUGAGCUCCAUGGCGAGGGGUACGGGCUUGGCGAGCACGAGAUGGGCAUGUGGCGAGAAAGAGUGGAACAAGCUUACAGGCAGGUCUGUGUCACUGCGGCUUCUGCUUCGCGGCAUGAUGAGGCCACCCGCAUCCACUUUAAUGCUAUGGUGAAAGCUCAUUACUAUGCUAUUCUAAUUUAUGUUGAACAAGCCCUGGCGCCUCGCGGACAUGCAGAGUGGGCCAUCACUCUCCACCUGUCCAUCCUGUUCCAAGACCUUCAAGGCCUCGUGAAAGACACCUCGCAUGUAUUCUCGCAUGUACUGUUCUUCCCCCUAUUCAUUGUGGGUACCGAAUGUUGGGGCGAUGAGCACAGACAAAGCACAAUCCAGAGAGCCUUCGUGGAACUAAUCGCCGCGACGGGCGCAUGGUGUAACCACACUGUACUGCAGUUCUUACGGGCCCUCUGGGCUCGACCGGACUACUGGGGUAUGGGGCAAUGGAUCAGGUAUGCUCGGGAGAAUGAGAGCGAGAUCGGCCCGUUCAUGCUUUUCUGAGCGAGCUGCAGCCCCUCAGACCAGACUCAUGUGACAGGGUCAACAUCCCUGAGCCCACAAUCAACACAGCAUGAGCAGACGUGGGCUUGGUGUGGUAGCACAUAGAUCGGGGCAAGUGCUGCAGGGACGGCAUAUCCGUGCAUCAGGACACGCCGCCCCCGCCGAUCGCACCGGAUGGGGCUGUCCCGAUUCAGCCUAAAUUGCACG